AUGCUGAUCAGUGCAAGUCGAUGGGCGCCUCUGGCCCUCAUCGUGUCCAGUCUCCAUCUUUGGUGUCUCUCGGUCAGUGCGGUGACCCUACCAGACUCGUACGAUGUGGUCUGGACGACUCCAAGCAAGAACUCGGCGGGCUCGAUGCCACUUGGUGGAGGGGAUAUCGGACUAAAUGCGUGGUCUGAAAACGGGACGAUCCUCUUUUAUAUUCAGAAGAGCGGCACCUUCGAUGAGAACAACUCCUUUUUGAAAUUGGGCAGAGUCAGACUCGCAUUUGAUCCGAAUCCCUUCACGGGUGGCUUCUUCGAGCAGCGUCUCGUCAUCAACGACGGAUAUGUCCGCUUCACCGGCGACCACCAGACCGUGGUCAAUCUGUGGGUGGAUGUCCACAAUCCCGUCAUUCAUGCCGACAUUCAAAGCGCUAUCGAUAUCAAGGUCACCGCAUCCUAUGAGAACUGGCGAUAUGAAGACUACGCAAUGCGCCAGGGUGAACAAGGUGAGCAGUGUUAUCACGCGCUACAGGGGCGAGUCGAGGAUCUGCUGGCUAACAAGGAAAAUCUACGAAUUCUCAUCACAGCUCAAUCAUCAUGGGGCGCUGGAGUGGCGCCACAAUAUCCAAACAUCACAUCUUAUGCCGACAAGAUCACCUACCAUCGAAGGGGGAUAUUGAUGAGCCAUCGAAACGAGAAAUUACCACUGUGGGAUUUCCAGACAGCCCAGCAGCAAUUGAGCAAGUUCAAGGAUCAGCUCUACACGCCCAUGCGAGACAAUGAGUUUGGACUGUGGAUGUACUCUCCGCAAUUACAACCCGGUCACACGAGCAAGGGAACGUAUGUGAAUACGCCAUUCAAAGCUUGGACUCUCUUGACAAGACGACCGAUGAAAUCCUUCAACAUUCAACUAGCGCUCUACCAGGAUCAGACCAGCAGCCAUGCCGACUGGUUGAAGGGGUUACAGUCGAUCAUUGACAAUGCGCUCACCAACACAAUGGAAGACACCAUCAGUUGGUGGCAUCGCUUUUGGGAUCGCUCCUAUAUCAUUAUCAAUGAGAACGCAACCAUGACCGACCCCGGUUUCCAGGUCGGAAAGAACUAUCAGCUCUGGCGCUAUACGAUGGGUUGCAACGCCUACGGGCAAUGGCCCACCAAAUUCAAUGGGGGAAUGCACACAUUCGAUCCAGUUUUUGUCGAUCCAAAUGAGCAUUGGACUCCAGAUUACCGUCGUUGGGGAGGAGGAACAUUUACGGCCCAGAAUCAACGGCUGCUCUACUGGCCCUUGCUCCGUUCAGGCGAUUUCGAUGUCAUGAAAGCGCAGUUUGAAUUCUACCGGCGCAUCACCGGGAACGCACGUCUCGUUGCCUCCCACUUUUUCAAUGUCACGGCUGCACAUUUCAACGAGCAGAUCGACAAUAGCGGUCUUCCAAAUGUGUAUGAGUAUGACGGCAAUUCAUAUCGCUUCAAGCAACAGCGUCCUGCAAACUACCCAGUGGGUGAAUGCUGGAGCUCAUGGCUCGUCUUUCUACAAGACACGGCCAACGAGUUUGCAGACAUGAUCCUCCAAGCCAAUCUCUACUCAGGAUUUGACGUCUCCCCGUAUCUUGAUUUUAUCGAAAGCCAGCUGGCCUGGUUUGACCGGUACUAUCAGCGAAAUCUUUUAUCCAUGGACGCGUGGUCUCUGAAUGGUGCCAAUGGCGACGGCCAACUGAUCAUCUAUCCAGCCUCAGGGGCCGAGACGUAUAAAAACGCAUACAAUCCCGCAUCAACAAUCGCGGGCUUGCGAAAAGUCAUCAAGGAUCUCCUGAAAGUCGACCAGUUUAAACUGUCAAACAGCACCUACUAUGAAUCCUAUCUGAAGCGAAUCCCAGAAACUCCCUUGCGCGUCCAACAAGGCCACACGACAAUCGCACCCGCCAUUGCCUACAGCCGCCUCCAAAACUCCGAAAUACCUCAACUCUACCCGGUCUUUCCCUGGGGUGAAUUUGGCCUCGGAUUGCCCAAUUUGACCAUCGCACUGGACACCUACAACUACGACACCGAAACCCAGGACUUUAAGGCGAAUGUAGGCUGGAAACAGGAUGUCAUUUGGAUGGCCAGAAUGGGCGUAACCCACAUGGCAGCCAACAUGACCGAGGAAAGGUUUGCAGACAGCACCACUUUCCGAUUCCCAGUCUUCAAGGGGCCCAACUUUGACUGGGCGCCGGAUAUGAAUCACUACGGUUCCGGAUCGAUUGGCUUGCAGGAACAACUUUUGCAGACUACGGCCGGUGAUGAGAUUCGUCUGCUUGGCGCUUGGCCUGAUCGAUGGAAUGCUCGGUUCAAGCUUUGGGCGCCGCAGAACACAACGGUGGAAGGCGUCGUCUACGGAGGAACGAUGACUCGUCUGGCAGUCACGCCGAGCAGCCGCAUGUCGGAUGUGGUCUAUGGCUCUGCAUGA